AUUCCCUUGUAGCUUUUGGAAAUGUUACAGUUUAAGCACAGUUUCAUUUUAAGCACAAUUUCAUGUCAUCUUUAUGUUCAAGCAUUCCAUAGCAUGCGCCCAGUGUGAUGUACUGGCAUUUCAUAUUUUGUUUUGGUUUCAGACCAUAGCAAUAGGUGUUAUAGAAGGGACAGAGAGAGCACUGAGGAAUAGAAAGGUUUUUAGUUUUGAUCAAAAGAUGCCACUCAACACUGCUGAAGCCCUGUCUCUUGUGUCCCAAAUAUGUGAGGAAGAGAGGCUGCGAGUUGCCAUGAAGGAAAGCAUGAAAGGGGGAUUCAUUGCUGGAGGAACAACCAUGCUGGGGGGUCUGCUAGGCGGCCCCAUAGGGCUUGCUGUUGGUGGGACUGUGGGAGGGCUUACAGCUGCCUACCUCUCCCAGGGGAAGUUCAAGAGUGUAGCAAGCAUCAUCAGAAAUGAUCUGACACCAAUGCAGAGGGAGCAUCUUGCAAAUUCUGUUAGGAUGUUCCUGAGAAACCGAUCUAUUGGGGAUCUCACUCAGGCAUCGAGGAUAUUGCUGAGUCCAUCUCUCAAGUUGAUCCUCAUCCAGACUGUCAUACAGUUUUUGAUUGCUGCCGUAGGGAUUAUUUUCCAGUGGAACCGUGAAAGACGUUAUAGACCAGCAAGUCCUGAUUGCCUGGACUCAACCUCGAGGAUGUAGGCUUAAAGUUGUUGAUUUGCUGAAAAAUGAUGGAAAAUGAUCCAGUAGGGAUAUUUGCUUAGAGGAUUAUCAAAUAGAGUGAUACUUACGGGAAUAGAGGAUUGCAGAUUACAGAAAAAACAGUGUAAUUUGAAUAAAAGGAAGUAGCUUUAUAUAGGGUGUUCCCAGAGUUACAUAUGGUAUUUGUAGACAUGGAAGAAUAUUUUAUUCAGAUUCUAGGUAUGAAGUGAAUUCUAGAAAUGAUGCAGAGCAAAAGAAAAAAAAAAGGAUGCUGGACAUAGAGUUGCUAUUCAGUAAAAUUAUGGCAUGAUUUUGGUAUUUUUUAUGCAAGUUAUGGAAUAUUAUGAUAGAUUUAAAUAUUAUGAUAGAUUUAAAUAGUAAAUCAUAUUAUAAAACACAAUUUGUUAUGCGUCAGUUAGGAUUACAAGAGGACAGCGUUACUGUAAUUGGCAAAAAGAAUGAAAUGUAACAUGGCAGUGACUAUUUGCCACCAGCAAUCUCUCUCCUUGUCUCUGCCAUCUCACACUCAUAUUGAGUGCAGUUUUGAAAAUCCAUCUCAAGCUUAUAAUAGCAACAACAGCAUUAACAACAUUUUAGUCAGAAUCACAUUCUAUUCCAUAUCUGUGAAUAUUUGACUAUAACUCAUGGGAUGUUCUGUGUUUUGUAGGUUAGCAACAUCAUAAUGUUUAUAUAUUUCUCCCCAGAGUCCCUUGUUGCUCUGAGGAUUGUUUUGAAAAUGAAACGGAGUUCUCAAUGAAACAUGUAAUAAGAGACUACCAUGAAAUGUCUUGUUUGUUAAUUGCUGUGUCUAGAAGUUUGAACCAGAAACCUAAUGGUGAAACUGGUCAAGCAAUAAAAUUGUGUUUAUCUUGUCAACUGGAAGUUUAAAGAGAAUGGAAUGGUUGAGCUUGUUAGAAGCAACUUUGUUUUUCAGAGGGAAUUUUCUAGUGGGAAAAGUCAAGUCUUGAACUUAUAUAUUACCAGAUUUUUGUAACUCAUCUACUAUUUUCAGCAAUUGAUUUAUUAUCAUCUCCACUGUACCUUUAUUGAUAUUCUCAGAAUAAUAUAAGUUACAUGACAAUGACUGCUUGCCAUAGAUAUGUUGGAGUAUGUUUAAUUCAAUGCCUCAGGGACAUUUGGGGAGGCUGACUGGGCAUAGUAUCCUUAUUAUGUACAUUAGACUUCAUUUCAUUAGAUUAAGUGUUUCACUCUGAGUACAAGGUGAAAUGGGGUAUUACAGAGGGUUGAAAGUAGGAUUUUCCCUCAUUUUUGCUAAUCUUAUGUUAAAAAAAAAUGUCUCAGGGCAUGUGACGUGAGCAUAAGAGUACCUUAUAAAGAACAGCUCAAGAUGUAAUGCAUGCAUCAUAGUAACAUGAUGUGAAUGACCCAUUGCUUUAGUUAGCAGUCAUGAAUAGCCCUUCACCUGGAGCCAUAAUCAAGUAUCCAAAACAUAAACCCCAUGUUGUUUGGAGGCUAAGGAUUAAGGGGUGAAAAGAGCAUUAUGCAUUAGCAGUAAUCAUGAAAACUGUACAGCUGUUUUACCAUAGAAGAUGUGUAUGGAAUACAGAUGACCCCUGCAGAAUGAUGUUUCUCUGAGAUGCUGAAAAUUUCAUUGGGGAGUGAAAAUGGGGAUUGAAAUUCUAGCAUGGGUGCAAAGCAAUGGUAGGGAAGCAUUGCUUUUAGAAAAAAACAAUAGCAUAUAUUUAAAGUGAUCUAUAAAUGCAAUAUAUAUUGUUUACAGGUUACUGGUUCUUUUAUUACUUUUAAACUUGAAUUAGUUGAAAUACUUCUAGUUGUUGUGCCUUAAUGAAAUUAAGAUUGUAUAGUUUAGUGCAUGUAUAACUUUUAUUUUUACUUGCUUGUAUGGUAAUUUACACAGCCCACAUUUUGAUUAGAAAUUGUUAUGGCAGAUAUUAAUAAGUUCUAUUUAACUAAAUAACUUUUGUCUGUUGUUCAUUGAUGUUAGAUUUAUUUGUUGCUAUUAACUCA